UCCUCCUUAUCCUCCUCUUCCCUCACUCCUUCCUUUCCCUCUCACUCUCUCUACUCUCAAACACUCCCAAAAAUCCUAACUCCAUUUCGUUAUGGGCGCCGAGGCACCCACAUGGGCCACCCGUCGUCUUAGCAACCAAACUCCCUCCACCGUCGAUCACGUCCUCGAUUUCCCAACCACCGCUCCCCCUCCCGCCAGAUCCCCCACCAUUUCAACCGCCUUCAUCGUUCUCUCCUGGUACCUUUCCAACAUCGGUGUCCUCCUUCUCAACAAGUACCUCCUCAGCUUCUAUGGCUUCCGGUUCCCCAUCUUCCUUACCAUGCUCCACAUGGUUUCCUGUACAUUCUACAGCUACCUCUCUAUUCUCUUCCUCAAAAUUGUACCCACCCAGCAAAUCCAAUCUCGUACCCAAUUUCUUAAAAUCCUCGCUCUCAGCGCCAUUUUCUGUUUCUCCGUCGUCUGCGGCAACACUUCUCUUCGUUACCUACCUGUUUCCUUCAAUCAAGCCAUCGGCGCAACUACCCCUUUCUUCACUGCCAUUUUUGCCUUUCUGAUUACUUGUAAGAGGGAGCCUGCCGGGGUUUAUUUUGCGCUUUUGCCUGUAGUGUUCGGGAUCGUUCUAGCUAGCAAUAGCGAACCUCUGUUUCACUUUCUUGGGUUUUUGAUCUGUGUUGGCUCCACCGCUGGGCGGGCUUUGAAAUCCGUGGUACAGGGGAUUCUGUUGACUGCUGAAGGGGAAAAGCUUCACUCAAUGAAUCUUUUGCGGUUUAUGGCGCCGAUGGCUGCGGGAAUUUUGCUUCCCGUUACGCUCUAUGUGGAAGGAAAUGUCGCGGCGAUCACGGCAGAGAAAGCGCGGGCAGAUCCUUAUAUUUUAUUUCUGUUGAUUGGGAAUGCAACGGUGGCGUAUUUGGUGAACUUGACGAAUUUCUUAGUGACGAAACACACGAGUGCUUUGACGUUGCAGGUGCUGGGAAAUGCAAAGGCGGCAGUAGCGGCCGUCGUGUCGAUUCUGAUAUUUAGGAAUCCGGUGACGGUGAUGGGAAUGGCGGGAUUCUCGGUGACGGUAAUGGGUGUGGUGAUUUACGGUGAGGCGAAGAAGAGAUCGAAGAAUACGACGGAUUAAGGGGCAAGAUUUGUGUUAUUUUGUUUUAAAUUAAAUUAAUUACUUUUCUUUAAUUGAUGAAAAAGAGAAAUCAAAAAUUAAUUUAUAUAUAGAAUUUAAAAAACGAAAUUGUAUAGUGGAAGAAUUGAAUAGUAUAUUGGUAUGAUUAUGGGUCAUGAGAAUUAAUUGAAUUUCUUUCGGGAGAGAAUUAUGCUUUGUGGGGGUUUCUUCUUUAUUUUUUCAACUUUAUAAACUUUAAUUGAUUGGAGAAUAGAAGUGAGAGUAAAGUUCUCUUAAGUCCACUUUUCCAGCUGU